UCCAGUAGGUUGUUACAGUUAAUAUACAGUAACAGAAAUGUGCAUAUUAAAAACGUGAAGUUGUUCAUUUGAAAGAUUAAUUGAAAACACAUGUAGUAGACGUAACACCACUAUCUCACAUUAAGUGCACUACAUUUCUUCAGUCAUGCAUCCCUCUUUACAGUAAAUACAUUACAGCAUACUUGAGGACAGUGAAAUUGUACACUUAUUAUCAAUCUUAGGCAAUCAGUACAGGACAUCGCUGGUUUAUUUUGGCUUAUAUAGUAAGUUAUAUCAACCAGCUCAUGUUAGCUGAUAAAGUAGCAUCAGAGUAUAUAAAACAUUUGUGCUUGCCUUUGAGUUGCGGGAUGACCCUCCUGCAAUCGCGCAUCACUUUUGUUUUGAUUGUAGCAUCACAUGUUUAACAAAGGGUCCCUUGACAGAAGCAAAUGUGAUAUGCAUCCAUAUGUUUGCGCUUUAUCUCUUCUCUCAGAUAAGACGCUAACUUUUCUCUACAGUUUAUGACAUACGCAGCACGCAGAUGUCCCGCUACGGUGGCUCAACGCAAGCCAUUCAGCGUUUGACAUCAAAGUACCGCGAGACCAGACUUCUCCAUAUGCAUUUGAUUCGCUCUCGCAGUACUUUGAUUUCAUACGAUUGCCCUGCGUGGCGCCACAUGAGGUCCCUCGGUUGUGUAUGUGCGUCUAACCUCGCGACCACAGACUCUAUCCAUCAUCACCCUCUGACACUUUCGUCUCGUUUUUAUUUGACGAAUAAACAAUGUAGCGAGUAACGUUAAGUGUCAUUUCAAAUGUAGUGGAGUAAAGAGUACAAAUACCCAAUCAAAAAUGUAAUUGAGUAGAGAGUAAAAGUUGCUUAUAUUUUUGAUACUCAGUACAAGUACAAAGUAGCCCAAAAAAUACUUAAGUACAGUAACGAAGUACAUUUACUUGAGUACUUUACACCUCUGGAUUUAAUCUAUGAAAUACUAAUGUAUCUCAAUAGAAUUCAAAAUAUGGGAAUAAUAUUGAGAUUUCUUUGGGUACCUGCACAUGUAGGUGUAGAAGGCAAUGAAAAGGUGGACAAAUUAGCUAAACAGGCUCUGGAGCAUGUGGAUAUUGAUUUUAAAAUUCCACUAAGUAAAACCGAAGUAAAAGGAAGAAUUCGGGAACUAAUGAGCAUCAAAUGGCAAGAGAUGUGGGAUGGGGAAACAAAAGGCAGACACCUUUAUAAUAUUCAAAGACAUGUUGGUAAAGGAAGAAUGGUUAGGAAUAAGAGGAAUGAUGAUACUAUUAUUUCUCGACUCCGAAUUGGACAUUGUGGAUUAAAUCAAUAUUUACAUAGAAUAGGGAAACAUCAAACAGGUUUAUGUGAAUUUUGUGAUGAAGAAGAGCCUGAGACUGUUGAGCAUGUAAUAAUGAAAUGUGGGAAAUAUAAUAGAGAGAGAGAGAAGAAUUAUUAAAUAAAAUGAGAAACUUUGGAAACAACAAUGUAAUCCUUUUAGAUUUACUCAAUUGUACAGGAAAAUCCAUAGUGCAAACGGAAUUAAUUAGGUACCUUAAAAACACAAGAUUAGACUGUAGAAUAUAACAAUUGACAAAGGUUUAAUGUUUAAGUAAAAUUAGUGUAUUUAAAAUGUUUUUUUUCUUAAUGUUUUUUUUUGUUUUUUCUCUAAUAAAUGUCCUCCUCUCUAUUGGCGCUUUUCCAUUGCAUAGUACCCCACGGUUUGGUUUAGUUUGGGUCGGGUCAGCUUACUUUUGGGAGCUUUUCCAUUGGGAUCACUUCGUAGUACCCGAUACUUUUUUUCGUACCACCUCGGUUGGGGUUCCAAGCGACCCGAGCUGAUACCAAACGUGACACGUGAACACUGUAGUUCACUGAUUGGUCUGAGAGAAUCGUCAUCGGCACCGUCAUCCUAUUAUGUAAAAUAUUAGCUUUAGCUUAAGCUUGCUGCUAGCUUGCGCUGUCUCGAGCAAACAUGUGGUCAUCUGUGCUCUGUUUUAAGUUUCCAAACACCCUUUUAGCGAUUAAAAACAUCCACAGGUUGUGAAUCAGGAACACAUAAAAGUUUUUUCCAGACUUGCAGUUUGUGGCGGCACAUUCGCGACGUGCACGUCAGUAUUAUUUAUGCUUUAAUGCAACUUCAUUGAGGCUCAGCGGAGCGCCGUCGACAGACGCCACGGGUGUUUGAACAGAAACUGUUAUGUGAGACAGAGGUAGUUAUAAACGCGAUGUGCAAAGUAAACUUCUAUUUGUGGUGGCCAAUUUUAAUUUUGUGGCGGCACAUUCACGACGUGCACGUCAGUAUUAUUUAUGCUUUAAUGCAACUUCAUUGAGGCUCAGCGGAGCGCCGUCGACAGACGCCACGGGUGUUUGAACAGAAACUGUCAUGUGAGACAUAGGUAGUUAUAAACGCGAUGUGCAAAGUAAACAUCUAUUUGUGGUGGCCGAUUUUAAUUUUGUGGCGGACUGAUAAAUAAAUAAAUGUAUGGGAAUGUACAAGGACGCUCUCUCUUGUAUGAUGUCACAGCCGUAUGCAGCGCAAAUAUAACGACACGCCUAUAAUUCCUCCCACUGCGAAGUGAUACUAAACUCAAUGGAAAAGCUAACCACGCCAAAGUGAGGUGAGCUGACCCGACCCAAACUAAACUAAACCGUGGGGUACUAUGCAAUGGAAAAGCGCCAUAAAUAAUGCUCCACACUCCAGUCCAGUUGGUGGCGGUAAUACACCAUAAGUUGGCUUGUCAACCGCAAAUAAACAGUACAAGAAGAAGAAGAAGAAGAGAUCUUUCCGAUCCAUUACCCACAGUAGAUGGCGGUAAUGCUCUUUUAAGAAUGCGAGCCGCCAAUAAGCUCAAAGAAAAAGAAGAAGAAGAAGGAGAUCUGCCUCUUUCGCGGUAAAACUUCUAGAAUCUAGAUCACGCAUCACGCGAGGAAGUUAAGAUGAUGUCGGCCUUGAGCGUGGAAGAGCAAGGACACAGGCUUCCUGUGAUUUUGGUUGAUGGCCCCAAGGCUUUGAGAGUGGAGGAAGAAGAGGAGCCACCAGUGAAAACAAUGAAUAUUGAAGACAUGCAGGAAGCGAGCAAUUUGGUAGCACAGCUGAAGGAACAGAACCUCUUCAAAGGUGAGGUCCAGGUGCCACGGUUCCUUGGCAUGGAAGACAGCGAGGCUGUAGAGUCACUGGAGAAUUUCAUUUUUAAUGGUGACACCUUAAAUGCUGAUGAAAAGCAUGAAAUUAUGGAUCCGUUCGUUUUUAAUUUUGAGUAUUUUGAGGACAUGGAAUUGUUUUUUCAAAAAAUUGAAAAUACAACGAUUAAAGUCCAUUGUGGCUUGUUAAAGCAUCUUAAAUGAAUGUGUUAUAUGAGAAAUGUGUUACAUGAGAAACGUCUAAAAUGAAUGUGUUAUAUGAGAAAUGUUACAUGAAUGUGUUCAAUGAGAAAUGUGUUACAUGAGAAACGUCUUAAAUGAAUGUUACGUGAGAAAUGUGUUACAUGAAUGUGUUCAAUGAGAAAUGUGUUAAAUGAGAAACGUCUUAAAUGAAUGUGUUAAAUGAGAAACGUCUUAAAUAAAAAAUGAAUUAUUAAUCUGCUGUCUUUUUGUUAAAGGUGUUUAUUAUUAAAACGGGGACAUAGGAAAGGAGGUUGUUGUAACGCAUUGAUUUACAAUAAUUAAUUUGCAAUGUUUACGUGUGUGUUUAAACACUGUGUAGUAUGUAAGCUUAUAAUGUUUAUGCAUGUUUAUAAUGUACAAUUGACUGUGUGCUGUGUUUGUAUCUCAUACCGGUUUGAUUUGUAAAUAUACAAAGAACAACGUAAAAAAUAGACUCAUAAGGCACUUCUUUAAUUUAUUGUUAAAUAUAAUAAUACCCCUGGCUUAGUCUCAUUUUCUUUUGUUGAUUUAAAUAUCUGAUUGGAAACGCCAUCUUCAUCACUUUCACUUAUUAUUAAUCCCUGGAAGAAUAAAUAUAUAGAUUUUAUUAUUACAAGGAAUUAAUAAAUGUAUUGCUUUAAAU